CUAGUCGAGCCAAGCGCGGUUUAUGUUUUCGCAGUGACGGACGGCACGUGUAUCUCGAGCAUGCGAUGUGGUCGUCGUCUUGUUCGUGUCAUCUAGUUUCGGGAGCAUGAAAAGAGAAUGCUAGAUGGCUGUCAGCGUAGAAUAUACGAGUUGUGCUUGCAAUCGCAACCCCCAAGCGCUGGACUGGGGCCGUAACAAUGUCGUAGCUUAUGGUGCCUGCAAUGCUGUUGUCUUGUACGAUCCAGAGGCCAACGGUGGUACUGGGGCUGUCACCCACACCCUUAUCAACCACAGCGCCAAGGUUAACUGCGUUCGUUGGAUCCGCAGAAAAAAUAGUGCAGAAACGGCGUUACUGAGCACGUCUGUGGAUAAAACUGUGACUAUAUGGGACAAGAAAGAAGAUCACUUUAUUCCAGCUGCACGCCUUGUUGGCCACGAAAGCGCUGUGACGACGGCAGAUGCUCUGUACUCGGGACCUGCAACCAGCGACCUAAUCAUCGUUGCAAGCGCUGGCGGAGACUUUUUUAUUCGAAUAUGGGAGGUUGACGCAGGAUUCACGGUGAGAUGCGCCCAAGAGAUCAAUUUGAAAGGAAACUUUGCAAUGGACAUCAGGAUGUGUUUUCUGCCAUCCACAUAUGUUCCGCUGCUGGCUUAUGGUGGCAAUGACAUGAUGGUCCAUUGUUACUACAAGGAUACGACAGCAGGUUUCCUGAAGUGCCAUGCCCUAUACGGUCAUGAGGAUUGGGUCAGAGGCAUUGCCUUCGAGGAAUGCGCUGACAACAGCAUAUUUAUUGCUUCUUGUAGUCAAGAUAGUGUAAUACGAAUAUGGAAGAUAUCACCAAGCAGGGAUGAGGAGUCAGUUAACACUGACAGCACUGCUGAUGAAAUCAAACUUCAAGGCACUACGUUUAUGGCAACAAUUGAUGAAUCUGCUCAAGCAUUUGCAGUUGGCUUGGAGACAGUUCUUUCUGGUCAUGAGGGCUGGGUUUACAGUGUACACUGGUGCCCAGUAACAUCACGAGGCGAAGAUGGGAGUGAACUGCACAGUCUUCUCUCGGCAUCUAUGGACAAGACUGUUGUUGUAUGGGAACCGGAUACUUCAACAGGGCUAUGGCUGGAUAAGGCUCGGUUUGGUGAUAUAGGCGGAAACACAUUAGGCUUUCUUGGGGCGGUAUUUGGCCCCAGUGGGAACAGAAUCCUAGGUCAUGGCUUCCAGGGCUCACUUCAUAUGUGGAAGAGGCCAGAGGACAACAAAGAUAACCUGUGGCAGACCAGUGUGACACCUGGUGGUCACUUUGACAAAGUGGGAGACAUUGCCUGGUCUGCUGGUGGUGAAUACCUGCUGAGUUGCAGCUCUGAUCAAACCACAAGACUUCAUGCUCCUUGGAUCACACCUCAAGGCAGAUCCUGGAAAGAGAUUGCCAGGCCACAAGUGCAUGGUCAUGACCUUGCGUGCAUCACAUCGACUGGACGGCUCCAGUUUGUCACUGGUGCUGAGGAAAAGGUGUUGAGAGCAUUCGAAGGCACCCGCAACUUCAUUGACAAUUUCAAGAGAUUGUGUGGUGCCAACCUGCUUGAACACUCCAGCAUUAAGGAGCUGGCAGAAGGCGCCAGUGUGCCCUCCCUAGGGCUGUCCAACAAGGCUGUGUACGAGAGUGACCUGACUCGCAACAUCGAUGAUGCAGAGCGACACCCGAAAAACCAGUUUCCAGAGUUUUAUUUUACGCCCGUUGUCCUCACAGAGCCACCUACAGAGGAAGACCUUCUGCAGAACACAUUGUGGACAGAAGUGAGGAAGCUUUAUGGACAUGGCUACGAACUCUUUGCACUGACAAGCACACAUGAUGGCAAACUCGUUGCAUCUGCCUGCAAGGCAAGCACACAGCAGCAUGCAGCCAUAAUUCUCUGGGACACUGCCACAUGGAAGCAAGUAGGGGAGCUUGUGUUUCACAACCUGACAGUAACUCAAAUGGAGUUUUCACCUGACAACCUUCACCUGUUGAGCGUCUCGAGAGACAGGUCAUGGUGCAUACACAGAAUUGACAUCAGCGGAAACAUGUUCAUCAAAGAAGCAUUCGCCGAUAAGAAGACUGCUAUCCACCAGAGAAUUAUUUGGAGCUGUGCCUGGUCUCACGAUGGCUUGUACUUUGCAACAGCAUCAAGGGAUAAAAAGGUCGUGGUCUGGGGCUGGAGAGCAGACGGUCCUUCUUCAGAAACAAGUCUGGGACCCUUUGAGAGCAAGGCACAGUUGAAUGUGGAGGAUUCAGCCACAGCUAUCAGCUUUGCACCAGGUUUCUGUAGAGGUGACAGGUACCUUGUAGCCAUAGGACUUGAGAACGGAACUAUUCACCUUCACCACUGGAGUUUUAAAUCUGGGUGGACUCCUUACGAAACACUUCAACAAUCCAUUGCACACCACCUAUCAGUGAAGAGAUUGAAGUUUUCCCCCAGACAAGACCAUGAAUCAAGUGCUGCAUUUCAGCUGGCAAGCUGCGGAGAUGACCACAUCGUGCGAGUAUACAACAUCCCCAUGUCAAGCAUGAUGCUGUAAUUAAAAUAUAUUGUUCCCGUUGGCA